UAGACUUUGAGGAGCUAGAAAGCACCAUGCAUUGUGUAACACUGCCAGGAUAUUCUAGCCCUGAACCUGUUGUCUCCAACAAUAUGGAUCGGAUGUUUCAAAAAAUAAUGGCAGUCUUACUCUCUGGACUGUAUUACAAACUUAAGAAAAUAAAUGAGCUUGAAAUAUUCUGUUUCAACCCUGCAGAGACUCAGUACUAGCCUGUUAUUCUCUCCAGAGGAGGCUUUACCAGAUUAUUGUGGGGUGCCAAUAAUUAUCAAACCAGUCAGAACAAAAAACACUACAAACAAAAAAACCAUACAAAGGUGUUCACCAUUCUAUGUGUUACUUCUUUUACUCAUUUUGUUUCAUUCUUUUCAUGAUUCCUGAUUUGCUAGUGAAUCUGGUCCCAGUGAGUGAGAAGAGCUGCCGAGCAUCAGUGUUUCAGAUUUGUUGUCUGAUCUUGUGUGUUCAUGUGAUUUCAGAGCUCGGGAUUGGAGCGCGUGUGGGUUUGUGCUGUGUCUCUGCGCAUUCACUCCUCUUGGAGAAGGUGGAGCCUGUGCGCUGUUCCUAUGGGGACCGAGGCGCAUGUAAAUGCCCAGCUCCUUCAGGCCACCUCACACACCCCUACACACUCCCACGGGCCAAACACACACACACACACACACACACUGAGCGAUCACAAAAACAACACCUGCAAGGCGCAGUUUGGAGCGACCGAAGCGCACCAAGGUUGGUCAGUGGAUGAGGGAGGUGGUGCAGCAGAGUGCUCUGGGAUUCCACUUGGAUUCACAGCAUGGAGAAGUAUGAGAAGAUUGCAAAGAUCGGAGAAGGCUCAUACGGAGUCGUGUUCAAAUGCAGAAAUAAAGACACGGGACAGAUCGUCGCCAUUAAAAAGUUCGUGGAGUCGGAGGAUGACCCGGUUAUUAAAAGAAUUGCGCUCAGGGAGAUCCGGAUGCUCAAGCAACUGAAGCACUGUAACCUGGUCAACCUGAUUGAAGUAUUCAGGAGGAAGAGAAAACUGCAUCUAGUAUUUGAGUACUGUGAUCAUACGGUGCUCAACGAGCUCGACAGGUAUCCCCGAGGAGUUCCAGAGCCUUUGGUUAAGAGUAUCACCUGGCAAACACUACAAGCUGUUAACUUCUGCCACAAACAAAAUUGUAUCCACAGAGAUGUGAAGCCAGAGAAUAUACUCAUCACCAAACAUCAGGUCAUAAAGCUCUGUGACUUUGGCUUUGCCAGGAUCCUCACUGGGCCGUGUGAUUAUUAUACAGAUUACGUGGCCACUCGGUGGUACAGGGCUCCGGAGCUGCUGGUGGGAGACACUCAGUACGGCCCUCCUGUAGACGUGUGGGCGGUGGGCUGUGUGUUUGCUGAGCUGCUGUCUGGCGCUCCUCUCUGGCCGGGCAAAUCUGAUGUAGACCAGCUUUAUCUCAUAAGGAAAACCUUAGGUGAUUUGAUCCCCAGACACCAGCAGGUGUUCAGCAGUAACCAGUUCUUCAGCGGAGUAUGUGUUCCUGAACCACAAGAAAUGGAACCUCUGGAGCAGAAGUAUCCAAACAUCUCUUUCCAGGCAUUAAGUCUAAUGAAGGGUUGUCUGCGUAUGGAUCCUGCAGAAAGGUUAACCUGUGAGCAGCUGCUGGAGCAUCCAUAUUUUGACAGUCAGCGGGAGGAGACAGAGAGCGUGACGCGAGAACAUGACAGAGCGAAGAGACGGGCACGUCAACCCCGUAAACACCUGCCCCCGGGGUAUUUACCCCAGCUGACCGGCAGCAGUAUCUUCCCAGCAGUGGACAACAGGAAGUACUACAACAACAACAUGCGUAAAUUCAACUACCAUUUCCCCAACAUCUGAUUCUUUAUGCGGGAACACACUGUAUACACCCCCCAGUCUGUCCCAAAACACAUUCAUACACUUUGUUUUUCUAUUUUGGUGUCUCACACUCACCUACCUUGCGUCUUGCUCAGGAACACUGAGAGUGUAAUGCUGGCUGUUCUAGUCACAAAGUGUCCUCAUUUUCUGUAGAAAAAAGAAUAAUGUCCACCGCUCAUCUACAGCUGUACUGUCAGUCAGUUCACUGCUGUAUCUUUUUGUAUACGACUCAUGAGACCGCUUCUGUACUCUGUGUGAUUGACAAAGAGCCCUGCUCUGCAUGUACACACUGAUCUGAGUGUGACACUGCCUUUCUGAUUGCCAAAGUGCUGCGUGACCUGACACAGAGAGAACAGACUGAUUGUCUCAUAUACACAGUAAAACUAAUGAUGACCUUGUUUAGUGAAGGGAUAACUGAGCUGUAGGUAAUUAGCAUAAAAAGAAGUGCAGGAAUCAAACAAUUCCUCUAUUAUUAUUAUUUGUACAUUUACGUUUUCCUGUCUCUCUUUAUUAUUAAUCUCGGACCAUCUAACUUCCUGUGACAUACAGAGAAAUGGAGAAAAAAACAUUCCUUCUACUAACAUUAUUACUCUAGGUUCUAAGUGUUGAUUUUGGAGUGAAUUGCAUUUAUGAAUCACAUUUUAAAAGAAAAAAAAGAAAGUGUAACUUGUGUUUUGAUGGCUUUUAUUGGAGCCUUACACAUUUAAAACAUUUAACAAUAUUAUUGUUGCCUUGACAAGUGGUGCUGAUCUUCUGGCCAUUGACUUGCACCCAAUGCCAAACUGCUAAAGACACAGGCUCCUUCCCCAGCCCUCGGACUCACUGUGCUACCUUCAACAUGCUCUCUUUCCCUGUAAAUAUCUCACAACGUUUAGUUCUGCUGCUUUUCCAAGAAGACAGGCUCAACCCGGGAGUAAAUAUGGGAACAAGAAAUUCUUGCUCUUUUUGUAUGCGAUUUAAUAAAGAGCUUUCAGCAAAUGAAAUGGUGUGUUUGUUUCUUCGUCAGUGCCUUUUACUGCCAUAGUUUUUUUGUUUUUUUUUUUAAAUGGAACAAGGACCUCUGUUUUACAAAACAAGACAACAAUCAAAAAAAAAAAAAAAAACCCCUUUCAGUCUCAAAA